GCGAAACAACAUGGCGAUAGAGUCGAGUGGACGGAGGUUUACGCUAACUUUAUUAAUUUUUGUGUGCGUUUUUGCGGGCAGGCAGGCUAAGGAGGCGGUGGCGGAGUCAAGAGCCGCGCCCCGGAUACUCGGUAUGAGACUGGAAAGGAGCGAGACACCGGCAAAGACCACCGAGAAAGGGGUAAUUCAGGUGACCGAGGGCAGCGAUACCUUAUUUAGGUUCUACGGGCUUCACUUGCUCCCAAACAGCUCGGCGCUCAUUAAGUUCACGGAACUUUACUCCAGCGAUAAAGUGGAUGAUGCUGCCGGCCAUAACAUGACCCCCUUAAAUAGGACUUGUCCCAAACUCACAGAGGAUAUAGAAGUGAAGGGGUCCAUGGUGGUAACGAACCAAAACACCUCCGGGGUGGUCAGCCUCCGGAUCAAGCAGCUCCGCAAAAGCGAGGCGGUGAAGGUGUUCGGCUUGUGCGUCCGCGACACCCAGGAGAAAGAUGAGACGUGGUACAUGCUGGACGAUAAAGACGGCAGAGUGCGUGUGGUGGAGGUGGCGAAGUCCAUGCUGCCCAUCUGGCUGCAGGUGAUCCUAAUCGCCUUCCUGCUAGUGUUGUCCGGCAUGUUUAGCGGGCUCAACCUGGGGCUGAUGGCGCUGGACCCAAUGGAGCUCCGAAUCGUGCAGAGCUGCGGCACCGAUAAGGAGAAAAAGUACGCUCGGAAGAUCGAGCCCAUCCGCAGGAAGGGUAACUACUUGCUGUGCUCGCUGCUCCUCGGAAACGUCCUGGUCAACACCACACUCACCAUCCUCCUGGACGACCUCACCAAGUCCGGGAUCGGCGCUGUGGUCUCCUCCACAGUCGGCAUCGUUAUUUUUGGCGAGAUCGUCCCGCAGGCGCUGUGCUCCAGGCACGGUCUGGCAGUCGGGGCGAACACAAUCCUUGUUACCAAGUUAUUCAUGCUGUUAACUUUCCCUCUGUCGUGGCCCAUCAGCAAGCUCCUGGACUGCGUCCUGGGUCAGGAGAUCGGCACCGUGUACAACCGGGAGAAGCUGGUCGGGAUGCUGAAAGUCACCGAGCCGUACAAUGACCUGGUGAAAGAGGAGCUAAACAUGAUCCAAGGCGCACUGGAGCUCAGGACCAAAACAGUGGAGGAUGUCAUGACGCCUGUCAGCAACUGCUUCAUGAUCCACAGCGACACCGUGUUGGACUUCAACACCAUGUCCGAAAUCAUGGAGAGCGGAUACACGAGGAUACCUGUGUAUGAGCAGGAGCGGUCCAACAUCGUGGACAUCUUGUAUGUCAAGGACCUGGCUUUCGUUGACCCGGACGACUGCACCACACUCAAGACCAUCACAAAAUUCUAUAACCAUCCUGUCCACUUUGUCUUCCACGACACCAAGCUGGACUCCAUGCUGGAGGAGUUUAAGAAAGGAAAAUCUCACCUGGCCAUUGUCCAGAAGGUAAACAAUGAGGGGGAAGGAGAUCCCUUCUACGAGGUGUUGGGGUUGGUCACCCUCGAAGAUGUCAUUGAGGAGAUCAUUAAAUCAGAGAUUCUGGAUGAAUCGGACCUAUAUACUGAUAACCGCAACAGGAAAAAGGUGGCGCCCAAUAAGAAUAAGAGAGACUUCUCUGCCUUUAAACACGAGAGUGAAUCAAAAGUGAAGAUCUCUCCUCAGCUGCUGCUGGCCGCCCAUCGCUUCCUGGCUACAGAGGUGAACUUGUUCAGCCCGUCUCAGAUCUCAGACAAGGUGCUGCUGCGAAUCCUGCGCCACCCUGAUGUGAUCCAGGAGAUCAAGUUCAACGACAGUGACAAGCGCUCGCCCCAACACUACGUCUACCAGAGGGGCAAGCCCGUCGACUACUUCGUUCUCAUCCUGCAGGGACGAGUGGAAGUGGAGGCCGGCAACGAGAACAUGAAGUUUGAGACCGGACCUUUCUCAUACUACGGUGUCAUGGCGCUCAAUGCUCCCACACUGGAGUUUCGUUCGCCAUCUAAUGUCAGCGGGUUGAACCGCACAACCUCUCUGAGCGGAGCCGACCGGACAGAGUCCCUCUCCAUCACCGGCAGCAACAGCCAGCUCAACAGCAGCAUCCCCUUGCAGCAGUACACGCCUGACUUCUAUGUCCGAGCUCUCACUGACCUGCAGUUUGUCAAGGUCACACGGGCCCAGUACCAGAACGGUCUGAUGGCGUCCCUUCUGGACAGCACGCCCCAGUCCCCGGAGAGCAGCCACAACACGAUUAACCUGGAUCAUACCACUCCCCCUGCCACCGCCAACACCACCAUCACCAUCACGGACCUGGGAGCAGACUCCACCCCUACAGAGAACGGUCCGGACGAGACAACGCUUCUCCUCCUCAACGAGCAGAACUCACCGCACACAGCCAACCACCACAGCCAGCUGGGAAACAGCGUUUGACCCCCUACAUACUCCUUUUGCACGCAUGCACUACUACGCUUGAAUGUAUGCUGAGGAGGGGAGGUGUGUGUGUGUGUGUGUGUGUGUGUGUGUGUGUG